UCCUUUUUAGGAAAUAGUAAAAAUAUCAGCUGUUGAAAACAAAUCGAACACAUUCAAAGCAGUUUCAUUUUCAAAUCCAAUUCACUUUCCAGACAAAGCUACAGUAAUGUAAUUAGCAAGUUUAUCGACAGCUAACCUAGCUAGCUUUGAGUGCGUCAGUACGUCAAGCCAACGAUCGUCACGUCGGACGUCAGCCUGGUGAGUGUUUUGAAGGGAGAUGGCUGGUUAGCUGGUAAAAGAUUGGGAUUACACUACAACGGAAAACGUAACCAACUAGAUUAUGAACGUUGAAAGAUCCAGACCAUACUCCCCCCUGUUCGGGUAAUGGAAGCACGUCUGCAGUCAUAUGACAGUAACUCCAGUGACACCGAAAACUGGGAACGAAACGCAACAAGCCGACCUCGCAAACUCUGCAAGCAUUCGAGCAGCAGUCAGGCCCGAGCAUCUCAAGAGGAGGCAGAACAGAGGAAGAUGAGCAUGCAUGGUGCCAGUGGAGGCUGUGACCGCUCACGUGACCGCCGCCGCUCCAGCGAUCGCUCCAGGGACUCCUCACACGAGAGAGAAGGCCAGCUCACCCCCUGCAUUCGCAACGUCACCUCACCCACCCGCCAACACAACAGUGACCGUGAACGAGAUGGUGGCCCAUCAUCGAGGCCCAGUAGCCCACGGCCUCAGAGAGUCUCUCCCAGCGGCUCCAGCAGCAGCGGGGUGGUGAGCAGUCGCAACAGCAGUCUGUCAAGUAUUGAAGGCACCUUCAAGAGCUUGGGAGUUGGAGACAUGGUUUUUGUCUAUGAGAAUCCCAAGGAGGGAGCAGCAGGUGCCACUGUGGGAAAUCGAAACAUUCGGACCUCAGAAAGAGUCACUCUAAUCGUUGACAACACACGCUUUGUAGUAGAUCCUUCCAUCUUCACUGCACAACCCAAUACCAUGUUGGGCAGAAUGUUUGGAUCUGGAAGAGAACAUAAUUUCACACGACCCAACGAGAAGGGAGAGUACGAGGUGGCUGAGGGCAUUAGCUCAACCGUUUUCCGAGCAAUUCUGGAUUACUACAAAUCUGGGAUAAUCCGCUGUCCUGAUGGAAUUUCCAUCCCUGAGUUGCGGGAGGCGUGUGACUAUCUAUGCAUCUCCUUUGACUACAGCACCAUCAAAUGCAGAGACCUUAGUGCCCUGAUGCAUGAGCUGUCUAAUGAUGGAGCUCGGCGGCAAUUUGAGUUUUACUUGGAGGAAAUGGUUCUGCCUUUGAUGGUGGCCAGUGCCCAGAGCGGAGAGCGGGAAUGUCACAUUGUAGUCCUUACUGAUGAUGAUGUGGUUGACUGGGACGAAGAAUAUCCACCACAAAUGGGAGAAGAGUAUUCACAGAUCAUCUACAGCACAAAACUGUACAGAUUUUUCAAGUAUAUUGAGAACCGUGAUGUUGCCAAAUCAGUUUUAAAGGAGAGAGGAUUAAAGAAAAUAAGACUGGGCAUUGAAGGCUACCCUACAUAUAAAGAGAAAGUCAAAAAACGACCAGGAGGUCGUCCAGAGGUAAUUUACAACUAUGUCCAGAGGCCCUUUAUCCGCAUGUCCUGGGAGAAAGAAGAGGGUAAAAGCCGCCAUGUGGACUUCCAGUGUGUCAAGUCCAAGUCCAUCACUAACCUGGCAGCAGCAGCAGCAGACAUCCCCCAGGACCAGCUGGUGAUGCACCCUGGCCCUCAAGUGGAUGAACUGGACAUCCUACCUAAUCACCCACCUAGUGCGAAUCACUACAGCAACAACUACAGCAACGAGCCUGACCCUGAUGCACCUUCACCUGCUGUCUGAGGACACACCGGUCCUCUUUCAAUGCCUCUGCCCCUCUCCUAUUCCUCUAGUCCUUCUCCCAGCAUGCUGCAGCAAGGAGCGCCAGGGGCACCAUAACCAUAUUGCCUUGACACCUCCAUUGCAGCCUUAGAGCCUCAAGAACCUGGUUGACUGUAGAAAAAGGAACACGAGGGACUUAAGACUGUUGAAAGGAAGAGUUAACUAUUAUUUUUGUUUUUGUUUUUUACUUGACCAAAGGAAUUUAUUUUUCUGUUUGAAAAAAAAAAAAAUCUGUAAAACACUUAUUAUUAACAUUAUUAUUUACAAUGUUAUUGUACCUUAACUUGAUGGGUUUGGCUGAGCACUCUUGUGGUGUCACUGUUUUCUCACAGGGUUUUAUUUCACUGAUAAUAUUGAUUUUGAUUCUCUUGGGUGGCCUAACUACUACACAUAGUUUGGGGAAAAUGUGAUUUUCAUGGAGAAAAUCAGUUAUCACAGCAUAAUGUCAUGAUCUCCAGUUGAACUCCUCUCGGAUGUCUUUUAAUCUUGUAAUUGGGUAUGUAGUCAUUGGCUGGAUCUGAUAGGUGAUGUUAUGCUCCUCCCACAGCCAGGAUAUUAAGCAGAGCACAGGCUGUUGUGGUCAGAAUUUUUUUUGUGCAAAGCUUGAAAUUGUUGUUAAAAAAUAAAACGUAAAAUCAUCAAAUAAAUACAUCAAAAUAA